UAUCCCAUAUGUUCACUGACUGAAUUUACGUUUGGUUUCCAGGGACGAUGUUAACCGUACCAUUCGAAGAUCCAGACAUGAUGCGGGAAUCUCAGUUCGGUGCCAGAUUCCAGCGUCAGGAAGUUCGCACGCUCAAUAACGCCUCCAACACGGAGCCCAAGGAGGCUGAGGACGACAACACGGACAGGGAAGAAGUAGAAAGAGAGGAUGACCGGGACGAGAACAGUCUCCUAAAGAAGAAAGGCCCGCGUAAAAAGAAAUUUCCUGACGGACGCGUCGAGCGCGUGAAAGUGCGGCGCCAAGAAGCGAACGCGCGCGAGCGCAGCCGCAUGCACGGGCUCAACGACGCUCUAGAGAGCCUGCGCAAAGUCGUGCCCUGCUACUCCAAAACGCAAAAACUCUCCAAGAUCGAGACUUUGAGGCUGGCCAAGAAUUACAUCUGGGCUCUAUCUGAGACUCUGAGUGCGGGCAAGAGACCCGACCUACUCGCCUUUGUGCAGACCCUAUGCAAAGGACUAUCGCAGCCCACCACCAACUUGGUUGCGGGCUGCCUGCAGUUGAACGCCAGAAAUUUCCUCACCGAUCACAAUGGGGAUGUGGCGUUCUCAGGCAGGCCUGAUGCUAUGUAUCCGUACCCGAACGCUGAGACGGGCACGCCCACCGGCCUCAGCUCCGGGACCAGGGACAGCGCCAAACCGUUCCGGCCGUAUAACUAUUACGCGUCCUACGAGUCCUAUUACGACAGUGCCUCUCCGGAGGGUGGCAGCCCACAUUUCGACAGCCAAAUAAGCCCCCCGAUCAAUUAUAAUGGAAUUUUCUCACUUAAAAAACACGAGGACCAAGUAGAGUACAGUAAGAAUUGCCAUUAUGGAAUGAGAUACUGUAACGUGCCUGGUCGGGGCUCCAUGUACCGCGUUUCCCCAGACAGCCAUUUCCCUUAUGACUUACAUCCCCGCAGCCAAUCGUUCCAGAGCCAGGACGAAUUAAAUACGGGUUUCCAUAAUUAA